CUCACAAAAGCCUGAUCCUAGCAAGGUCUAUAAAGAGGUCCAGCACAAACCCAGCCCCUGGUCCGCUCUGAACUUAACACAAUCACAAUGGGCAAGAUUGUCUUUUAUGAAGACAGGAACUUCCAGGGUCGCCACUAUGAGUGCAGCAGCGACUCCCCUGAGAUGCAGAAUUUCUUUGGCCGCUGUAACUCCAUAAGAGUUGAGAGUGGUUGCUGGGUGGCCUACGAGAAGCCGAACUAUUCUGGAUAUCAGUACAUGCUGCACAAGGGGGAUUAUCCAGGCUUCCAGCACUGGGCAGGCUUUAAUGACUGCAUCCGCUCCUGCCGUAUGAUCCCACCUUACACUGGGAACUACAGGAUGAAGAUUUUUGAGCGGUCCGACUUUGGAGGCCAAAACCUGGAGCUGGUGGAGGACUGCCCAAAUCUGCACGAGCGUUUCCACACCCGUGACAUCUCCUCUGCCAAUGUCAUGGAGGGCUACUGGAUGCUGCACGAACACCCCAACUACAGGGGGCGGCAGUACUUCUUGCGCCCAGGAGAGUAUAGGAGGCACAGCGAGUGGGGGAGCACCAGCCCCACCUUCGGCUCCCUGAGACGUGUCACUGAGAGCAAGUGAUCAACAGCUGCUUUCUAGCCUUUCUGAGCACCUCUGUUUGGAUCUCCACCCUUCUGUUUCUUUUAGAGCUCCAGUGUGGUCUCAGAAGUUUUGUUUGUGAUGAUUGUUCCACAUUCAGGGCUUGCUGCUUUGCAUUGAUGGUUCCACUUCGGUGCUCAGGCAAUGCUCCGAAUGAAUAGUGAUGGUCUUUUUGCUUUGCCUUCUCCAAAGCAGGUCCCCAACCUUCUGUGCCACUUGAAUCACAAUAAAGGAAAAGUGGAUAAAAGUCAA